GAGCGAGCGAACGCCAACACUUUACAUGUCUCUGUCUUAAGCAAAUAUGCCUGAGCCGGGGCUACCACGGCGAGUGGGUCGCCAAAAGCGACCGCCAGUGCCGGAAUCCGCACGCAAAAGAGCAGCUAAAGCCUGUGUUCCUUGUCGCUAUCACAAAGAGAAAUGCGGGGGAGGUGUGCCAUGUGCUCGCUGCCGUCAGUAUAACCGCGCAUGUCGGUUCGAAAUCACCGCACCGCAGCCCGUCAGCAGACAGACUGGCAACCAUGCUACGGGACUUGGCUCGUCCUCGCAUGCUCAAGACAGAGAAGCCGUUAUGCUGAGGAUAAUCAGACACUUCAUGGGCGAUGUAGCUUCGGACACCUCAAGUCUGCGGAGUAUCGCCGACGGUCUCGAGAAAAGAAGCCCGGACCAUGAUGGUCAAGUAUUGACUGGCAUCACGGGCCCAGAACCAGAGAGCUACUCUCUGGAGCCACUAUCUAGCAGUACCAUGCACUACUAUGGCGAGUUGUCCCAUUGGAAUUUUUCACAAACGCUCCGCCGCAGAUUGCGAAGUCUGGGAAGUGGGACGGAUCAGAACUAUGGUGCAGAUACAGUCCGUGGCACACAUCGUGCCACCGGUCUCCAAUCAUCGACGUCCGUGGUCUCUUCUGCCAUGGCUUACUUUCCGCCCAGGGACAUUGCCGACUUCCUCACAGAGACGUUUCUUCAAUAUGCUCAAACCAACUACUUCUAUUUCGACGAAAGAACUUUGAGACAGAAGAUGGAUCAUUACUAUUCCAAUGAGCAUGCGCUGACGAUACACGACGCGGGAUGGAUAGGCACUCUUCUAAUGACGUUUGCCAUAGGAACUCAAUUUGCAUACAUGCAGACCAAGCCAAUACAGAUGAGUCCUCAUGUCCCCAGCGAGAUUCCGGAUGAUCGUGUUGGGCUAGAGCUCUAUCGGUUUUCCUGUCGACUGAUCCCGGACCUGGUGACUGUAGCAUCCGUGGAAACGGUACAGGCCUUCUUGUUACUGGGCAGCUAUACAUUGCCGAUCGACACGGGCGGUCUGGCUUACACGUACUACGGCCUUGCCAUUAAGAUGGCAAUCCAAAACGGGAUGCAUAGGGAUAGUUCUCAACUGUCACUUGAUUCCGAUACUAUUGAGUGGCGUAAUCGCCUGUGGUGGUCUGCCUACUCCCUCGAAAGCCGCAUCAGUAUCCUGCACGGAAGACCGGUAUCAAUCUCACACCUCGAAGUCGACGCGCAUGUUCCGACCGACCGAGCCUUGCCCCUUCCCACUGGAAGAGCUUCAAACCUGCACAACGUGAACGCAAAUAUCUUCCUAACUGGCCAGCUGGGUAAGGUAUCCCAAACCAUCAUGCGGCUGCGAGGAUGCCCACGGCCUCAACAAAAAGGUCACCUCCACGACUUGAUGGUGAUUCGAUCGAGUCUCGCCAAGUGGUGGUCGUCGCUUCCGACCGAAGUUCACUGCCGCGAUCUGACUCCCACUGGACCUCUUUUCCGUUGCAACGUCCACCUGGAGCUUAGCUAUGACACUGUGAUCAUCUACAUGGGCCGACCCUUUAUCUUCACUCCAAAACCAGCGCAUUCUGUAGCCUCGGAGCCCCACAACGAGAGUCCCAUUUACACGUUAGCGACAGAUUGCUUGGAUGCUGCCAUCCGGAUCAUUGAACUCUGCCAACUGCUGCACGACUCGGUCGGAAUCGCCCGUGUUUCCUACACCGAAUUUAGCUCCUGCCGCGCGGCGCUCCUUGCGCUUAUCGCUCAUAGCCUGAACACGCAGACAGACCGCAUCCUCAACACUUUGUCUCAGGGCAUGACUCUCAUUCGCCAAAUGUGCGUGGGUGUGGAAUCCGCUCGAUCGGAUGUGGCGGCUCUUGAAGCAAUGGAACAUGCCCGUCAGCGGCUGCAACAACAAGGGGUUCCGUCAGAACCAGGAAACCUUGAUAUCGACCUGGGUUACAGCCAGUUUCAACGAUGGGCACAACUAUGGGAGUCUGAACCUCCUAGCGCGCAGCAACAUUCGAGCACCACGGAUGCCACUUUCAGCGAAUUCCCGGACAGUCUGACCCCGCCUUCGUUUGAUGGCUUCUUUGCUUCCUUGCCGCAGGAGGUGGACUCUUUUGCGACCAUCACAGGCUCGGACCAGCUGUUCUUAGAUGACAGUUGGUUAGGGGAGCCAGGUGGUCCAAUCUUGCCUGCAGAGGGGGUAAACCCAUUCGAUAUAUAGUUUGGGAUGCCCUGAAGUGUCGUGAUAUGCUCCUCUUGGUGGACUGUGACUUGUCUGCCGCGGUUGAAGCUUGAAGCAUUCAUGUGCCAAUGCUAGUGAUAGUAA